GUGAUUAAUUAGAGGUUAAAAGGAAAGGAUCUUAGAUUCUUUUCUUUUAAUCUCAACCUUAAUUAAAAUUAAGGUCUGAUUAUGGAUGUAAGCUGGCCAUGGCCUACUCCCACAUCUUCUCCUACUUUACCUCUCAUGAAGAAUGUUUGUUGGCCAUACUUUGAUCCUGAUUUUGAUACUCUUCCUGAGAGGAUAAAUGGCCCAACUUGCAGGGUCUGCAUUGACAAUGAAAGCAUGGAGGAUUGCACCAUUGUCAAGGUUGAUAGCUUGAACAAACAAGGUCUCCUCCUUGAAGUGGUUCAAAUUUUAACAGAUUUGAACCUUUCAAUCUCAAAAAGCUACAUUUCUUGUGAUGCAGGCUGGUUCAUGGAUGUUUUUCAUGUAAAAGAUGAGAAUAGCCAUAAACUUACCGACCAGAAAGUCAUCAACUCGAUCCAACAGGCCAUUGGAACAACCAAAGGACCUGAUAACUCGUCCAAAACCAGACGCUAUGUUAACAAAUUUCUGAAUGCUGAUAACUCCGGCGAACAUACGGCAAUUGAAAUGACCGGUACCGACCGGCCCGGUCUCUUCUCUGAGAUAUCUGCUGCAUUGGCUGACCUCCAUUGCAACGUUGUGGAAGCUCAUGCUUGGAGCCAUAAUGCUCGUUUGGCCUGCAUUGCUUACAUUUCGGACCAAUCUACAGAUAGUCCUAUUGAGGACCCCCACCGGCUUGCCAACAUUGAGGAGCAUCUUUCCACUGUUCUCAGGGCGGCGACUGCUCCACCAAUUGCCAGUUGGACUCAUACCCUGCAACAAGAAGUGAAAAUAUCAGCCACAAUAACAACCAAUGUGGAGCGGCGGCUACACCAACUCUUGGUCUCAGUUAAGGAUUAUGAUUGGACCUCUGAAUCCAUUUCAAAGAGACCUAAAAGAAAUGAAGACUGGAGGAAGACAAUGGUGAGCAUUGAAAGCUGUGAUCAGAAAGGAUACUCAAUUGUCAGCAUCGAGUGCAAGGAUCGGCCGAGGCUUAUGUUUGACACAGUUUGUACUCUUACUGAUAUGCAAUAUGUAAUCUUUCAUGCUUCCAUUAGCUCCAAGAAAGAUAAUGCUUUUCAGGAGUACUUUAUCAGACAUGUGAAUGGGUACGCCUUGAAUUCAGACUAUGACAAGCACAGGGUGGUAAAAUGCUUAGAGGCAGCCAUUGAACGUCGUGUUUGCGAGGGAGUGAGGCUGGAGUUAUGUGCAAACAACAGGGUGGGAUUGCUAUCAGACAUAACAAGGGUUCUGCGGGAAAAUGGGCUGAAUGUGGUGAGAGCAGACAUAGCAACACAAGGAGAGAAAGCCAUUAAUGCAUUUUAUGUCAAAGACAUUUCAGGCAAAGAAGUAGAUAUGGAGAUGGUAGAGUCGGUGAAGAAAGAAAUUGGCCCUGUUGUACUUCGAGUCAAGAAUGAGACGAGCCCUCCAUCAACGCCUCAAAUUACCAGGUCUCGUUUCUCCUUCAGCGACAUGCUCAAGUCUCAGCUCGAGCGACUCUCUCACAACUUCAUUGCUAUCAGACAUUGACUCUGUCUUUCUCCUGGCAAUAAGUCAAAGGGAUUUCACCAGAAAACAGAAGAACAAGAAAAAGACGGGUCAGUUAGAUGUUUAUACAUGUGUAUGAUAUUGAGUUGACAUAGAAUUGGCUGUAAAUAUAUGGGGUUUGGCAAAAUGUGAAGAUUGUGUGGCAGAUGUUAGAUGCAAAUGUGCUGUGGAGUAGAAAUUUGGAUGCACAUUCAUAAUAAUGAUGGAAAGAAAUGAUUCUUUUAUGUAGCA